AUGCGGAAGCAUCAACGCACAAGGAAGCACCGCCACGCUCUGCGCAGACAGAGGACAGCCGAGGCGGCGCUCAAAGCUAACCGCCGGAUUGACGACAACAAGAAGGUGAAAGACGUCGAGAAGGAGCGCCUGCUCGCGCUAUUUGAGACGGCACUCUUCAUCGCUAAGUCCGACGCCCCGAUCGAGAUGUACGUCGACCUCGUCCAACAUCUAGCGCAGCGUGGCACACCGGGCUUCCCAAAGAGCAGUUAUGGUGCCUACUAUACGACGGAAGCGCUUGCUGCAAAGGAGGCGGCUAAGGCACUACCCGAGCUUGGCAUAAUCGACGCGGUUAUCCGCGCAGUGGCGGAAGAUCUCGGCAGAUCCAGCAACUCCAACCGCAAGUUCAAGGAGCUGCAGGAAGUGUUCACGCAUACCAACCUCGAGGUCCAGGGGAUCCACAGCGUCCGCUGGUUGAGUCGUGGCGAUGCAAUCGCACGAUUCGUACGCGUUCUGCCUGCUGUCAUCGUUAUGCUCGAGGAGUCGGACAAGACGAUGUACCACUUAGUAACGUCGUUCAAGUUUCAUUACUUCCUGUUCUUCUUGGCAGAUGUGCACACGGCACUCAACGCGCUCAACCUGCUAUUCCAGAAGCGACAGGUGAGGCGGACCAUCAUCUACAUGGAGCAGAGGUACCUGAACUGUGGCCAGCAGUUUGGCGGUGGGACCAGCGAGCUGCUGUCUGCUUUCCUCGCGCGGCACGCCUCGCCCGUCUGCCGUGAAGUGACUGUGGAAGGGGUGGACAAGGAGGGUCAGCCCCGUGUACACAAGUUCCAGCUGCACGAGGAGGCAGUCAAGGGAUACACCACCAGCAGCGGGGACAUGCAAGGCUGCUACACCUGCUGCCGCUCAUUCGCCCGCGAGCUGGUGUACAACCUCGAGCUGCGCUUGGGAGACCUGAUGCGCUUGAACGGGGCGAAGCUCUUCAUGCCCCGCUCGUGGCCGAGGGGCGUCGAGGCAAGAGACGCAGAGUGCAAGGAGCACCUGCACGGCCUCGUCCAUCUGUUUCAGGCCAAGAACCGGGACACGAUCUUGCCUGAAGCGUGCGGCACGAGCGGAGCUGCGCACGUUCCUGUCGGUGCUCUCCACUGCCCCCAAGGAAGAGCAGCCCUUUCACGCAGGAAAAGGCGCCCCAGCAAGCGCAAGGAGCAAGGUGCGCCAGAGAAGGAGCGGGCCAAGGCCAAGUUUGUUAAGGGGAGUGGCCGCCGGGUGAUGGAGGAGGAGGACCUAGACGAGGGCAUGUGUGGUUCCGCAGGCGAUGGCAGUGAGAGUGAUGACGAUGCCAGUAGCAGUGGUGAUGAUGCGAGCGUUUCUUCUGAUGAAGACAUGACAUGA